AUGAACUUGGACGAAGUAUCAGCACUCAAACUAGUUUUUGAUUUGAACAGAAACUUAGUAUUUCCGCCUCCGGUCAUCAUUCCAAUACACAUAUAUGAAGAAUUAAGACCUAAAACUAAAGUUACCAUGAGAGGGUUGGUAAGAUACUUUGUUUCUCGAGAAGCAAAUCAAAUUCAAAUCACAAGCGGUCUUGUGAUUAGUCGAGUUACUGAUAUUUUGUUGACAGAUGCUAAUAUUCAUGAAAAACUCAAUUAUUGCAACUUGUCAUCCCGUAUUAAUGCUAUCAUUAGACGUCGAGGUCCUCGUAGAUAA